AUGGGGAGCGGCGGAGGGCAAAUGGCGCUCGCCGUGGUGCUCUUGAUGUUGGGGAGCGUCGCGGUGAGCGCGCGGGCGAGGGCGACGCCGGAGAAGGAGCAGGGGGCUGGUGGUAAUGGCGUGGAGGACGAGAAGUUCCUCUUCUUGCACAAGAAGGGUGGCUUCGGAGGUGGGUUCGGCGCCGGCGGCGGCGGAGGACUUGGUGGUGGGUUUGUCCAUGGCGUGGGCGGCGGCUUUGGAGGUGGGAUUGGUAAAGGCGGCGGCUUUGGCGGUGGGAUUGGGCAUGGCGUGGGUGGUGGUAUUGGUGGCGGGAUCGGUAAAGGUGACGGCUUUGGAGGUGGGAUUGGGCAUGGCAUUGGCAUCGGGAAGGGCGGCGGCUUAGGCGGCGGCAUUGGGAAGGGCGGCGGCUUAGGCGGCGGCAUUGGGAAGGGCGGUGGCUUGGGUGGCGGCAUUGGGAAGGGCGGUGGCUUGGGUGGCGGCAUUGGAAAGGGCGGCGGUUUGGGCGGUGGCAUCGGCGGCGGCAUUGGGAAGGGCGGUGGAUUGGGCGGUGGCGUCGGUGGCGGAAUUGGAAAGGGCGGUGGAUUGGGCGGCGGCUCAGGGCUGGCGGAAUGGGGAAGGGGGCGCAUCGCGGGGCGAUUGAAGGUGGCUGGAUAUGGCGGUGGCGUCGGAUGGCGAAUUGGAAAGGGCGGCGGAUUGGGGGCGCGGUGGCGGCGCGUGCGGUGCGGUGGCGGUGUGAGGGUGGUGGGUGAGAGCUGGUGUGGCCAUCGUGGCUGCCGGUGGUGGAGCUGGCGGCGCGUGCCGGUGGUGCGGUGGCGGAGCUGGUGCGGUGCGGCGCGCGCGGGACUUGGCGGUGGUAGCAGGAGGUGGCCUCGGCAGGCAUUGGAUGCCGGUGCUGGUGCGGGCCGAGGGCCGGUGUUGCAGGACGUGGGCCGGAGCCGGUGGCGGAUUUGGUGCCGGGAGGGCUUCGGACAGGCGGGCGUGCGUAGGCAUUUGGUUCGGCAAGGGCGGCGGGAUCGGCGGAGGAUGUUUCGGCAAGGCGAGUGGGAUCGGCGGGGGGUUCGGCGGUAG